AUGGGGAAGGCUUUUACGAGAAUCCUCCUCCGUCUGGCAUAUGUUAGUUACCUGCUCUUCGUCAUCAGCGUUGUAACACAGCAGCAGGAAAACCCUUGUAUACCUGCGGACGUGGAUCAUGAUGUUGGGGUGUGUGGGUUCAAUGGAGUCUGUGGACUCUCCGGCUCUUCAUUCAAUUGCAAACCCAUCGCAGCUAGGAUUGAGGGCCUAGAUUUUCCUGGGAAUGAUUACGCGCGGUUGUCAUUCACGAAUGAAUCUGCGUGUCAGCAGGCAUGCAUAGGAGACUGCUAUUGCACAGUGGUUAUCUACGGCCUUUUUAACGCCACAGAAACUUGUUGGAAGAAGGCAACGCCUCUCAGAUUCAGCCUACCGAGCGACUCACGAACCGUUUAUAUAAAAGUCUACAGUGGAGUCUCCAACGCUGUUUCCCCAAACCCACCAAAGGAAAGUAAAGAGGACGGAAAGGCGCUUACAGUUAUUGGCAUAAGCCUUAUCGGUUGCUCCUUUGUCUUUGCGGCAAUUUUGUUGUUAAUUUGGUUGUAUACAUGCCGAAAGCUGGGAGCCUUGCAAGAGAAUCAGAACGCUAAUCCAGUGGGGCUGAAGGCAUUUAGUUAUCGAGAGAUCGACGCUGCAACUGGAGGCUUCAAGCAAGAAAUAGGGAGAGGCGCCUUUGGGAAGAUCUACAAGGGCGUCUUGCCUGACGGACGAGCAAUUGCUGUGAAGAAGCUUGACGAUCUGCCCAAGCAAGGACUGCAAGAUGAAGAAAAUGAGUUCAGCACAGAGAUGGGUACCAUCAGGCAAAGCCAUCAUAAAAAUCUUGUUCAACUAUUCCAGCUCUGCGGAGCUCUUAGAAGUAAGAAGUUGAAUUUGUAUGAAUCUGAGUCUGAGUUUUCUCCCCUUAAUCCUACAACCCUUAUAAUCCAUUGUGAUAGUGAGCCUCAAAACAUUCUGCUGUAUGAAAAUUACUGUGCUAACAUAGCCGGCUUUGAAAUAUCUAAAUUGAUUGGCGCAGAACAUACGAGAACAUUUACUGUGGCCCGUGGCACCGUCGGUUACAUAGAUCCUUAG